UCUUUGACACGAAUUUUUAUGUUUAAAGAAAAGGAAAUGAGAAAAAGAAAAGAGGGAAAAUUGAAAGUGAAGGAGCAAUGAUUCCAUUCCAAGUUACACCAAUUUUUUGCAUUCUCUUCCUCCUGGCUACCAUACUGAGGGUGAGGGAAUGGCCAAACCCCUGCGCCUAUACCAAGCCUGGAAAGGGAAAAACAAGUUCCUUCUCAACGGGAGACUGAUAUUUGGACCAGAUGCUAGGUCAUUGAUAGUAACCUUGAUGCUCAUCCUCAUCCCAGUUGUUAUCUUUUGUACUUUUGUUGCAACCAAGUUUCAACAAAGCAGUGCUGCUGGAUAUGUGAUUAUGACUGUCACAAUCAUUUUCACAAUAUAUGUAUUGCUGCUUCUGAUUUUAACUGCAACACAAGAUCCCGGCAUUGUUCCUCGUAAUUCUCGUCCCCCAGAUGAAAUACUAAAUUAUGAAUCUUCUGCCUCUGUUGAAGCUGGUGGAAAAGCUUUGCCCCGAACCAAAGAAGUUAUUGUGAAUGGUUUAAUUGUGAGAGUUAAAUAUUGCGAAACAUGUAUGGUGUUUCGUCCUCCGAGGUGCUCUCAUUGCUCUGUAUGUGAUAAUUGUGUGGAGCGGUUUGAUCACCAUUGCCCUUGGGUGGGCCAAUGCAUUGGAAAGCGCAAUUAUCGGUGGUUCUUCCUCUUUGUUUCUUCAACAGCCCUCCUGUGUGCUUUCGUGUUUUCAAUGUCAGCCUUACAUAUGAAAUUUGUUGUGGAUGAAUAUGGAACUGUUUGGAGGGCUAUGAAAGAAUCACCAGCAUCUUUGGUAUUGAUGGCCUAUUGCUUUGUGUCACUCUGGUUCGUUGGCGGUCUCACUGGCUUCCAUUUGUACCUUAUAAGCAAAAAUCAGACGACAUAUGAGAACUUUCGGCAUAGAGCAGACAACAGGAUCAAUGUGUACAACAGGGGUUGCGUGAACAAUUGCAUUGAGGUAUUGUGCACAAGAAUUGAAGCUUCAAAAAACAAUUUCCAAGGAUAUGUGAAUGAAGAAUGUGCAAAAACCCCCCGAAUCCACGAAGCAGCAGCUGCUUCAGAUAAUUCCGAGGAUAGGAGACGAGUAAAGGUAGAAGAUGAUGUUGACAUUGGGGAUGAUCUUCUGAAGAUAUCCCAACGACGCAACUCUGAAGAAGAGAUCGGUGAUGUUAGAAGUCGAGGCAGCGAUACAAAGUCUCCUGAACUUGACUUUGCUGCAUUGGGUCUGGAAUCCUCCUCCAGAUCAACUUACCAUUCUAGCUUGGAUAGAAGAUGGAAUUACCCAGCUAGCUGAGGUGCUUGGUUUGAAGUGCAAUUUUGAGGUGGUGAUAAACUCCGGGCGGCUUGUGCUGCCUGCCUCUUCAAUUUAUUUUGUGAACUUUACUCGGGCAGAUUGUGCCAUUCUGUUUUCUGCAAUCUUUACCACAUGUCGCUUUGUUCUCUCAUUUUGAAUGUUAAAGGUUGUUCAUUGUUGAAUUCUUUCAUCUGUAAACUGUAGUAAUGCCACAACAUAUACAUCCUAUCCUACAUUUUGUUUA